AUGAGCAAAAUCGAUGACUACAACGCCUUCACCACCACGGACUGGCUCCCGAGACUGGGAGCCUGGAACGCGUCGCCCCGGACGAAGACUGUCGCCCCGGCCGACCACCAUGGCUCGGCAGGACUGACGAUCCCGCCGCCGGAACGGAAGCGCGAAGCCGACGGCUCACCGAACGUGUCACCUCCGACAGACAGGACGGACACACGCUCGGCCCCAAAGAAGCUGGCGGUCAUGGCGGAAGAAGUCAUGGCACCUGAAGACUUGGGUGAAGACGUCGAGGAUGCCGAUAAUGAAUACCAACUUUGCCUGGCGAACCCAAGUCCGGCUCCCGGAAGCACCUCUCUGGUCCAAGACGUCACUGGUGGCCCGGGUUCGUGGAUACCUACCUCAAACGAUCCUGGUAUCUCCGUGGUCGCGACGCUGACGACGACGUUUGAAGUGAACCAGAAGGUCGAGGCCCAGCGGUUCCUGAAGCAGUUCAACGACGAGAGAGCUCGACUACUGGACGACAAGGAGAACCGUCUGGUCGGGAUGGCUGAGGAACUGCAGCGAGCUGUGGAGGCCCACGAAGAUCGUCGCCAGGAUGACUACCAGAAGGCUCUGGUCGCGCUCGCAUGCGAAGACUGA